CAAUAGGUGAGUGUGGCGGGGAAUUUCGAAUGUGGCGGCGACAGUAGCGGGCGACCGGAGACUUUGCCGCAGGCCUGGAGCGCUGGAACGCGGGGCUCACGCGAGUCGGGACGGAUUGGCGGAGGCUUGAGAUGUGAGGAAGAGGGCGACAGCUGGCCCAAGAUGAGGUUUUACUAUCUUGCCCAGGCUGAUCUCGACCUCAUGAUUGCCCUGCCUCAGCCUCCUGAGUAGUUGGGAUUACAGAUGCACAUCACAAUGCCUAGAAAUUAAUGAAAUUUUAAAGCUACAGAAUCAAAAGUAUCACCAGGCAAAAGAUGGCCAAAGAAAGGUGCCAGAAAAAGACCUUUCAAGAUAGUCUUGAAGACAUAAAGAGGCGAAUGAAAGAGAAAAGGAAUAAAAACUUGGCCGAGAUUGGCAAACGCAGAUCCUUUAUAACUGCACCAAGCCAAAUAACUACCAACACUUAUACACUGCUGAAAAAUUACCAAGACAACAACAGAAUGUUAGUUUUAGCUCUGGAAAAUGAAAAAUCCAAAGUAAGAGAAGCCCAAGAUAUCAUCCUACAACUAAGAAAAGAAUGUUACUACCUUACAUGUCAGCUGUAUGCACUGAAAAAAAAACUCACUUCACAACAAACAGAAGAUGAUACUGCUCAGAACCAGGAAGUAUGUCUCACAGGAAUGGACUCCAAUAAUGACGACAACUCUGGAGAUUUAUUUGCAAAGGAUUUACCGCAAGUUCCUUUUCAAGAAACUGACCUUCCAGCACAUGGAGAAUCAUUCCAACAAGAAGAGCAAAUUCUUUGUACUCAAGACACAGUGGGAUCUGAUUUUGAUUCGGGUGAAGCUAAACCUACUACUAAUGUCUUACCUAGAACCGUAUCACUCCGUCGCCACAUAAAGGAACAUCUUAACACACUAAGUCAGCCUGAUACUUUGGGUGAUUUUGAAACCAGUCAUUUGUCUUUUGAACUGGAAAGAAUAAGAUAUGUAGACCCAGCAGUAAACAUGCUCAUACCAGGAAAUGAAGAAAAAAGUGUCUGUCAGUGGAACAGAGACAAAAUUAAUUUAUCACCAAGGCUGAUUCAACCAGGAAAGUUUACCAAAAUGAAAGAGGUCAUUUUAGAAUCUAAAUCUGAAAAAGAAAGUAAGCACAGAGAUGUACAACUAGGAAAAAAAGAGAAAAGAAAAGCUAACAGAAGAAAAUCUAAGUCUACACCAAAGCAUAAAAGGAAUAAAAGUAAAAAUCAAAAAACUGUUUGCUCUCAAAAAAUGGAUGAAUCUUUCAGUUCCACUGAUGCUUAUAAUUUUAAUUUGGAAGAGGGCGUUCAUGUCACUCCUUUCCGACAAAAAGGAAACACUGAUUCUGAUAGAGAAGAAAACAACAGUAAGUCUCAAGUGAGUAUCUGUGAAUCCAGCAGUUAUGAAGAUGAUUCUGAUGAUCUCUAUGUACCUGACUGUAAUUAUACUGAGAGUCUCACAAGCUUAUCAGAUAGACCAAUCACCAGGCCUCAAAAUAAAAGAGCGUUAAACUACACAGAUAUACAAGAGAUGGAGGAUUCAAAGCCAACAAAAACUCCUACCGGUGCAACACCUAAGACUCGCCUAUCACUUCCAUCACCUCAUUGUAACCUGAAGGACAUCACCAAUGUUCCGUUUCCUGAAAUAAAAAUCAGGAAACUUUCUCUUUCUCCAGAAAAGAAUAAGGAAAGCACACCCAUGUGUCUCCCCAAGCGCAGGUGCACAAGCAGUGUGAACUACAAGGAGCCAACAUUAGCUUCGAAACUAAGAAGAGGAGACCCUUUCACAGAUUUGUGUUUCUUGAAUUCUCCUAUUUUCAAGCAGAAAAAGAAUUCAAGACGUUCUAAAAAAAGUUUAAAGUAAAUACGGCACAUCUCUUUUUGGGUGCUGUUUAAGUCUAUCUUGUAUCCUUUUCUGUUGCUCCGGCAGAGAAUCUGUAAGACAGUAUACAAGUGGGUGCAACUACUGCCAUCGAAUAUUCUCUUCCUAGGAACCUGGAUGUGAACAUUUCUUCAAAAUCACAUUUUGUAUAGCUUCUUAUAUGCCUAGACCCUUUGAUUUUGUUCAAAUUAUAUCAUUUUCUGGCAUCUUUUAUGUUUCCUUUAGGUGGGGGAAUACUGUUUUUUAAAACUAGGACAAAGAUCUUUUGAAACUCCUAUUUAAUUUUUGGGUAAAAUAAACCCUUGACAUUUGUAGAAGGUAUACCCUAAGUUUAUGGAUCUCUACUACUACUGUUGUAUUUGAUUCCUCAGAUUUAAAGGUUUCCAAAGUCACAAGAGAAACAAUGGUUGGUCAGGCUUAUGAGCUAGUCUAGGGAAUGAGUAUGUGUUGAACUUGGCAGCUUGGGAAAACCAAGUUACCAUGUCCUGGAGACUCAGAACUCCUGGCUGAGGCAAAAAUCUCAAGUAUUAACUAUGUGAACGCUAAGGGCUUUUUUCUGUUUUAGAUCAACUAGUGAGAAGAAAUUAGUUCAAUUCAUAGUGUUUGACAUCUAUACUUGUAUGCACCUCUUUAAACUUUUAGAUCACUAUAGGUGGUUCAUUUUUAAAGAAUAAAAUUUAUAUAAGAUAGCACUUGUACUCUCCUUCUAUUCUUUAAAUAUAUGGCUUUCUUGCUAGCUUUCACUCUUCUCCUCCUCUAACAUUUUCACCCUCCUCCCCCUUUCUCUAUACUCACUGCCAGGGAACUGCUGGCAUCCAACCUAACAUCUGGCUUCCAACUUUUCAUUAUAUAGUCUCCAUGUCUGUGAACAGUAUUUUCUAAUCUCAGGCUGAGGAUGUGGCUGUGAUAAGGCACUUACAUACCAUGUGAUACCCUAGGCUUAUUCCCCAACGUCAAAAAAAAAAAUAAGUUCUACUUUCACCUGACCCAGGGUUUUUCUUGUUGGGUUGUGGGGAUAUUUUUUUUAAGAUAGGGUCUCACUAUAUCCUCCAGCACGGCCUUGAACUCCCUAUAGCACAGGCUGACCUCAAAGUCCUGCUACCUCAGCCAUAUUUUCUUGACUACACCUCUGUUGUCUGUCUGCACUAUCAGUCACACUCAAAAUGCUUUUUUAUCCCCAAUUUUCUUAUCCCUUAAGUCAUCAAUCUGUACGUAAUAUUUCCCAGUCUCCUCUUACCAUUUUUAUCAAUCACCCCUUUACAUCUAUUUUGUACACCUAUUUUUGUGGUUCAUGGAAACUACAGAGUGACUGCCUUCACUAAAACUAAAUACAAUUUAAAGUUCCUUUUUGCUGGGCAUGAUGGUGCACUCUUGUAAUCUCAGCACUCAGGAGACUGAGGCGGGAGGAUCACCAUGAAUUUAAAGCCAGUUUGGGCUACAUAAGUGAGUUAAAGACCAGCCUGUACUACACAGUGAAACCCAACCUAAAAAAAGAAUUUCAGUUUCUCAGUCUCAGAAUAUUUCACUAGUAGUUACCAUAUUGUGGACUACAAAUUUCUAUAAUCAGAAAACUUGGUGGCCAGAGAAUCAGCAUCUGCUGUAAUCAGCAUUUGCAUGUGUGUUGGAAACCUGAAUUUCAUUCUCACCUUUGGCUGUUUGAAAGGUGCUCUGUAGAAGUCUGUUUUGUACAUUUUUAACUAAUUGAACUUCUUGGAUUUUUCUACAGUCAAAGAGUAUUAGAUCCUUGUAAUAGCUGGGGUGUAGUUCAGUGGCAACUUUGCAUAGCAUGUGGGAGGCCCUGGUUUUGAUCCCCAGCACCACAAAGAUACUAAAAAAGAAACCUGUAAUAAUUUGCUUAUUUGUAAAGGAAGUCGGACAUGACUUUUGUUUUGCCAAGGUUGCUGCAGUUCAGUCAUAAUGAUUUUUAUUUCCCCCUGCAGAGCCUUGUUGUGUACUUUAAAUCUGUACAUGAUACUGGUUGACAGUUGGGGCUGCAGGAUUUUGGAGUUUCUGUUUUUGAUGUUUUGGUGCUGAGGAUAGGUCUUAUCCAUUCUAGGAAAUCACUGUGCCAGGGAGCUACAUCUACAGUCUUCCCUCUAGCUUUCAUAAAGAAUUUCCUCACUGUAGAACCAAGAUCUCUAGUCAGUGAUUCUGCAGCAUCGUGUUCUUGAGAAAUAGGAUGUGGAGACUACCUGGAGGAUGUAAGGUGAACCACUGAUGUCUAUUACUUUGGCAGAACUUUUAUUUUUGCUGUUCAAGUACUGUAGUUGCCAUGUCUGUCUGUCUGAAUUCUGCCUUCAUUGAUAUUGAUUCUACCCUUAGCUAUAGGAAUGGACAUUUCUGUGGUUUAAAUAGAGAAAAAGAGUUUUUAAAGUAUUGUGAUGGAAAUAACAUGUCGUCACAUACAAAUAAAAGGACAACAUCUUACCAGAUAAUGCUGCUCUAAGUCAGUAGAAGGCAAAUUGUAGCCAAUGAUCCAAAUGUAGUAUACUAUUUUUGGAUGAUCUGCAAAGAAUGGCUUUUAAAUAGCUGAAGAAAACUUUGGAAUCAAUUUUGAUGACAGGGUAUACUAAUUUUCAACCCACAUAAAAUAUGUAACAUCAAUUUUGCCUCUUGGGCAGCAAAGCAUAAAAUUAUUUCUUUGUCCCUUUUUCAAGAGUUUGCUAAUUAUUACACUAGAUCACACUGACUUUUUACUUCACAGAUUUUUUUCUGAGACAGGGUGUCACUAUAUAGUAACAUAUCCCUGGCUAGCUCCAAACUUUCAGUGAUCCUCCUGUCUCACUUUAACAUUUUACAUAAACCAUACCAUACAUAUCUUCUUGCAGCUGACUUUUUAACACUGAGAUUUAUCAAUGUUGAAUUUCACAUACAUACACAAAUGCAGUUUGCUUUAAUAAACCUAAAGAUAAUGUCUGCGUUUGUCAUUGUUAUGGUGUGGGUCUAGAUAGUCUCCACAAACCCUCAGAUUUUCUGGGGCUAGGUGAAGCUGGAGUGAAUGGCUGAUUCAUGGCCCAAUGCUGGGAUUAAGGGGUUGAGUGUGACAGCCUCCCCAAGGUAGGUGGCCUGCAUCCAAGCUAAGGGACUGACAGAGACAACUCCCCCUCUCAUCUCUGCCUCUCUUUCCCUCAUUGCUUUUGGCUCUUGCACACCAUGAAUGGUUGUCCCUCUGCCAUGAGCCACUUUUCCUUGGAGCCAGCCAACUAUGGACUAAAACCUUCCCAAGCUGAGCUAAAUAAAUCUUCCUAUAAGAAGAAAGUAACUAAGUCACUGUUAGCUUCCUUUUUCUACAAUGUUCUCAUAAAGAAACCAGGUCAUAAGCAGUUCAUACAUUACAUUAAAGGGGGUUUUGUGAGGCCUGUGGUUGUUCCCUCGCCUCCUUUGUUUACAUCACUGAACACCACUGCUAAGGGUAACGGCAGAGAACUUCCCCGUGGGGAAGAGUCAACAGUGGCCCAAAGCUCCUGCUGGGACAGGAAUAAGGCAGCAACAUUCUCCAGUAUGCAUUUUAUUAGUAAUAAAGGUCUAUGUUAGUAAUUAUAUGCCCUAUUUUUGUUCCCUCUGGGUUCAGAUUUUAGUACAUAAGAGGAAUCUCUGUGGAGUCCUCUUGAAGCCCAACAAGAUACAUAUUUCCUAAAGAUAGCAUUGUGGGUAACAGUAGCAGCUCACAUAGAAGAUAUUUAAAAAUUAGCUUUAUUCUUCUACUUCACAGGUGUAAAAAAAAAAAAAAAACCAAAACAUUAAAAAAAUCUUUGAUUUUUAA